AUGGAUGAAAUUGAGCAACAGAUGAUAAAGAGGAAAAAAAUAGAAACCGAAGCCGGUGAUGCGUUUACAGUUCGAGCAGCGAAUUUGCGUGAGCUGGAAGCGGAUUUGGACGGAAGCAUGAAACAAGUGGCCAGUCCGAUUAUUCACAAAUAUGAGCAGGAGCUGAGACAAAUACGAAAGAAAAAACUUUGCGCAACAACAAUGGCCGAAAUGAAUCUAACAACCAAACGUGUGCUAUUCGAUCUGAUCGGUUGGGCCGUCUCCUUUCUACGUAAUACACUGUAUAUUUUAGCACGGAUACGUGAUAUUGUUGUCUAUUAUGCGCCUUCUUGA